AUGGAUUUGAUCAGUCGUGUGAGUUGUCUGUUAUGUGUUUGUGUUUUAUUAAUCUUUAAUUUAGCAUCGGUUAUUUCUGCCUCUGAACCAAUAUGGAGGCAAAGGAUUCGUGGUCCUGAUGAUUGUAAACCAGUUGUAGUUGCGCACCGGGGGGCAAGCGGGUAUGUCCCGGAACAUACGAUUGGUGCUUAUGCUAUGGCAAUUACCAUGGGAGCUGACUAUGUAGAACCCGAUCUAGUGAUGACACGCGACGGUAUUCUUAUAUCAAGACAUGAAAACGAAUUAAGUCGUACUACCGACGUUGUUGAAAGGCCAGAAUUCGCUGCAAAGCGUCGGACACAAAAUAUAGACAGAAGAAAUAUUACUGGCUGGUUUAGUGAGGAUUUUACCUUAAGUGAAAUAAAGACUUUAAGAGCCGUGGAAGCCGUACCUCGUAUACGGCCAGGAAAUGCAAGACUUAAUAAAGCGUAUGAUAUUCCAACUUUUCAGGAAAUAAUAGAUCUAGUUAAAGCUCUAGAAUUGAGUGAGAAUCGCACGAUUGGUAUUUACCCAGAAAUAAAAUAUGCAACACACUUUCAACGCCUUGGAUUGGCAAUGGAACCAAAAAUAGUUGAAAUAUUCCAUAAGAACGGAUACAUAGGGAAGAACGCACCUGUUUACAUUCAGUCGUUUGAAGUAAAUAAUUUAAAAGAACUUAAAAAAAUGACAAAUCUUAGAUUAUUACAAUUAUUUGGAAAUAAAUUAGACAUGCCAAUUGACCAAGCAGAACUCGGCACUGGUUUAACCUUUGGUGAUAUGGCUACUCCUGCAGGAUUAGCAAAUGUAGCCAAAUAUGCUGCUGCAGUUGGACCUGACAAGGGAUAUAUUAUACCACGAACCCUAACAAAUAAAUUAGGUUCACCGACAACUUUUGUUAGAGACGCUCAUGCUGUCGGCCUGCAGGUACAUCCGUGGACAUUUCGAGCUGAAAAUUUUUACUUACCUAUAGAAUUCCAAAGUAGUAAUGCAAUUUACGAAUUUGGAGACAGCGUUGGUGAAAUUAAAGCAUUUCUGGAAGCAGGAAUAGAUGGCUUAUUCGUUGAUCAUCCUGAUAUACUAGUACGAGUACGAGGUCCGUGU